AAUGGACAUCUGAUAUUUUUGGAUGAUUAUAUACCAAUUUUCAACUGAAUGAUAUAUUCUAUCAAUUUAUCUUUCACAUAAAAAUACCUUAUGUCACACUAACUACUAAAAACACACUAAAACCCUACAGUACAGUGGCAUGUUGUAUAUUGUAUAUGUAAUAUGAUAGAUAUUCAACAAAACUGUGAGCAUGAAUCCUAUUAUAUUUAGUCUCACAUUAUCACACAAAAUACUUAAUAGUUGCUAUCUAAUAACAUUUUGGUCCUUUGAUUUUAAAAAAUGUACUCUUUAUUCACGUCAACAUACUGUUGAACAAGAGAUCAGUUCUUUUAAGAUCAUGCUUCCCAAAAAUACCAGCCAUUAUUAAACAGGUUGUGAAAAACUAGAAAUACUGCAGGAGGGUAAGUUCUUCAUUUCAAAGGAAGUAUCAGAUCAAAAGAGAAUCUCAGAUUAUAAGGAUCUGGAUCUUUUUUUACUCACUUUAUUUAUUGUAUAUUUGUGCGUCUUUUUGAUAUGCAACAGUAAUAUUCAGUAAUUUUUCAGACAUUACAUCUGACAAACCUCCCUAAAAAUAAGGAUGGCUUAAACAACAUAGAGCAGAUGUUAGAAGAUGAUAUCCAGGACAAUGUUUAUGAGGCACUGUUAAAGCAAUCUUACUAUGUUUUUAGAUUAUUUUGGAACACAUUAUAUAGCUAUAAAGAUACAGAUACUUUGAAAGUUGAAUUGGAAAAGUUUUUCAAUCCAUAUUUGAAGUGUCUUAAACUGGCUCAUGCUGACAUAUUGGACAUAUUCAAUGGUAUACAGUAUCUACCUCUAGACAAAAAUACAUUCCUUAAAGUGCAAUGUUUUAUUAACCACCUAGAGUCUAGUUAUCCUGAAAUAUCUCACACAGCUUUUCUGUAUAAUGAUCAUCUCAUAUGGAGUGGAAUAGAACCAGAAGAUAUGCAGACUAUUUACCAGUACCUUAUUGGCACAUUGCUGCCUGCAAAUGUGGAGACUGAGUUACAAGGUGGUUCAAUGCCCAGGAACAUUUCAUCCCCAUUCAUGGCAUUAAGACAUGGCAGGUUUAUCACUGGUCCAACUAACUUGAAGCUUGCCAAAACCAUGGGAGAAGUACCUGUGCUUUACUUGUUUGGAAGUGAUAAGCCUGUUAAGUACUACUUUGUUGUAUACAGGGCGCUCAGUGCUACUGUCUGUUUCUUCAUCAAAGGUGACACUAUCCUAACCCUAGACUUCUUCAAACAACUCGACGAGGUAGCGAGUCCAAAACUGAUUGCUCUAGUGACUGACAUUGCAGAGUAUUGUGCAAAACAGAUAGUCAGUCCUUCUGUUCAAUCUGAAUCUGCACCAAAGUUCAUUUAUUUCAAUAAUUUAAAUCUUGCCUACAAAAGUACAGUUCAUUUGGACAACAAACGGUCUGGAAACUUGACUUGUACUAAGGAAUCCUUGAGGAUUAUGGCUGAUAUAGAAGAAAAAAAUGGGUUGCUUGGAAAGUCAAAUGAGACAAUUUUGAAAACGAUGAACGAUUAUUGGGUGGUAGGGAAGUGUUCAAAUUCUAGGCAGUUUUAUAUAGCGUUGCAGCAGAAGAAUGCGAGUUUGAUUGAGAUUAGUGAUGAGGUUAAAAAACUAUGCGACUCUGAGCUUAAAGGAAUAUUUUUCCAUCCUGUGUGAUAAUAUAUCUUUGUGAUUGAUUUUGUAUAAAGCAAUUGAAUGUUGUAUAAUAUAUGUAUAUUUAUUAUUUACCAUAAAAAAAGUUUACAUGUAAUUGUUUUUAUUAUCC